GUUUCAGUUCGAGUUGAGCGUGCGUCGGCAUUGGCAGCAACUUCUUCUACAGCGAUAUUUGUGAAGCCGUCACGACAACAACAGAAAAUUGUUGUUAUUUGGAUUUUGAUUGAAUCCAAACUUUUUGCGUGCAACCAUAGACAAAUCCAGCAGCAAGUUGGCGCCACCCACAAAUCUAGAGCCCUACACCAUGGCCGUCAUAACGGAGCAUGGCAACAGCAAUCACAACAUCAUCAACAACAAUAGUAAAAUCGGGAUCAGCAAAGCUGGAACUGCAUCGCCGAACAGCAGCCAGCGUCAGCUAAGCACCGCCCUGACAGUGCCCGAAUUUUUUGCGCACAAAAACAUUUUCGUGACCGGCGGCACCGGAUUUCUGGGCACGGUUCUAAUCGAGGCGCUGCUGGACACACAUCCCGAUAUCGGCACCAUCUAUGUGCUGGUGCGUGGCAAACGCAACUUCGAUCCCAACGAGCGCAUCAAUCGCUUGCUCCAGAAGCCGAUCUUCCAGAAGUACAAUGAGAAAACGCUGGCCAAGGUCGUGCCAGUCGUGGGGGAGCUGACCGAGCCGAACUUUGGUUUUGGCAACGAUCUGCUACAGGAACUGAUCAAUCGUGUGAAUGUGAUCUAUCAUAGUGCCGCCACGAUCAGGUUCAAUUCACCUUUGCGCACUGCUAUAUUCACGAAUCUGACGGGCACCAUGCGCACCAUUGAGCUGGCCAAACAGCUGAAGCAGCUGUCCGCCUACAUCUACUGCUCGACGGCCUUUUGCAAUAGCAACAAUCGUGGCUUGAUCACCGAAGAUGUGUACAAGUCACAGUUCGAUCCAUACGAGAUGAUGAAAAUGGCGGAGAACGAAGAGACCUGGGUGGAUUUCACGCAGCAGAAGUGCAAAAGCUACCUCAAGGAUCAUCCCAAUACGUAUACGUUUACCAAGAAUCUGUCUGAGAAUCUGCUCAUGGCGGAGAUGUCCGGUCUGCCAGCAGCCAUAGUUAGGCCAUCUAUAGUUUACGGCACACUGGAGCAUCCCAUGAAGGGCUGGGUGGGCAAUGCCAAUUCGGGGCAUUUGGGUUUCCUGGCCGGAUUUGUCAAGGGCAUCUUUCGCACCAUGUCCGGCCGUGCAAAUGCCGUGAUUGACAUCAUACCAUGCGACUAUGUGAUCAACAGCUCCCUGGUCAUGGGCUGGUAUGUGGGCACACGUCAUGUGGAUAAGCCCGAGAUAAUACACUGCACAUCGGGCGAGGUGAAUCCGCUGACACUUUCGCAAUUCUGCAACAUAAUCAACGACAGCGUGGAACGUCAUCCGCCCAACAGCUUUGUGUGGAAGCCAAAGACGAAGCUGCGCAAUGGCUGGCGCUAUAAUCUGUUCUUCUAUCUUUUUCAUCUGCUGCCCGCUAUGAUCUUCUAUAUACCGGAGAAGCUCUUUGGCAUUGGUAUGCCGCAGCACACCGCCUACGAGUACAUGCGCGUGUUCCAAAAUGGCACCAAGGCAUUUGAUUAUUUCCUGGACAAGGAUUUCCGGUAUUCCAUGAAGAAUGCCCUGCGCGUCUCCUCACUGAUCCAUGACAGCGAUCGCAAGCGCUACAACUUUGAUGCCAGCCGCUGUGAUUGGUCCGAGUUUAUCGAUCGCUGCCUGAUCGGCAUUAGACGCUUCUACUUCAAGGAGUCGGCGGUGACCACACAAUGGCAUCGCAACUAUUGGAAGGUCUUCAACGUCCUGUACUAUGCCGGCUUUGUAGCGAUCUUUGCAAUUCUCUACUUUGCGCUGACGCCUUUCCUGGGCCUCCCAGUGGGCCUGACGUUGGCUGUCCUCAUUUGGGGCUUCCUGGUCUGGUUGUAGGGCUCGCUAUGAGAGGAUCCUGUUCGCUCAUAUUGUGCAAUAUUCAGUCCAAAAUAACCUUUCACACCUUCAGCUCAGUCGUCUUCAUCGUUGUAAUUGUUCUUCAUAGGAUAUAUCAUGUAUUUUUACUUUAAGUUCUCACACUUGAGUACAAGUCAAUUGCGAAUACGAGUAUAGUAAAAAUCGAGUAAACAAAUCAAUCAAUAUACACUGCAAUUAAAACAAGCUUAAAACUUAGCUCAAAACGUAGUCACAUUUAAACAAAUAGUCCUGGUAUAUAGUCAAGUAGUCAAAUGUUUGUGCACUUGUAAAUUACGAAACAAAAUGGUAAUGAUAAAAUAUUAACUAUGUAAACUAUUAAUGAAAUAAAAAUGACAAUCA